UACGUCAUUGAUAAUAUGAAUCUUUGGAUGCUUUGCGCCUCCUGACAGGCAUAGCAUCGCCGAGUAUUGCAAUUGUGAGCCCUUGACUUUUUGUGGGCUGCUGCUCUGCCAUCGUUGGACUGACUGCCCAGCUUUGUCCAUGACCAUGGAUCAGGCGGAGGGUGGCAGUGAUUCGCUUCUGCCCUAGCGCGGCUGGCAUAUUACAUAGGAUGACGGGCUCGGUCUCGAAUUCUUAGUCGAGGUCGGACAGCCUUGUAAGGCCCCUGGCGUUAAAGAAAGCAACACAUGGGGGGAACGGCACACGGCACACGACAUGGUUGGAAUCCACGCGCAUUUUACUGAUGUCCAAUGCAUCACUCGCCAGUCCCGACAUAUAUGGCUCCAGUGGUGACCAUGUCGGGUAUAUAGGCCAUCGACUGCUCCCCGGUCCCCCAUACCGAACUCGUCCUCUAGGACACUUGCUUCUCGUCGAUCACCUCUGUCCGUCCAUUCUCUCUUUUUCUGAUCAAAAUGGUAGCCAUUCAGUGGGGUCCUCUCGCGGCCCGGACUCUCUUUUUCGCAUCCACCCAUCCUCAUCGACAUGCGGUGAACGACAACAGCACCUAUCCCCAAGUGGACAACAGCACUUAUGCCCAAAAGGCGCAAGAUGCUGCCAUGGCGCUCCAAGAGUGGUAUGACCUACCGUCGGGUCUCUGGAACACAACUGGCUGGUGGAACGGCGCCAACUGCCUCACGGUUAUGGGCGACUUGGCUUUGGCAGACCCCGCCAUCGACGAAGCCAUCAAAAUAAAGGAAAUCUUCCAAACCACCUUCUACAAUGCGCAGAGGACAAGCGCGACGGCGGACAAGCUGCUCGGGGCGAACGGAAAGUUUAUCGCGAUGUACAAGUACGAAACGAUAGAGGAAGAAUACGAAACGAUAGGGGACGAACUAGCAGGAAAACGAAGAUCGCAGGGCUUUCCUAAAUUCCUCAACAACUUUUUCGACGACGAGGGUUGGUGGGGACUGGCUCUGGUCCGGGGAUGGGACGCAACAGGCGAUCUCUUUAUGCUCACGGCUGCGCAAACCAUUUAUGAUGAUAUGGUGGUAAAUGGCCUCGACCCGACAUGCGGAGGAGGCAUAUGGUGGAGCAAGGACAGGAAAUACAAGAACGCCAUUGCAAACGAACUAUACAUCGCCCUAGGCGCCAGUCUCGCCAACCGGGAGUCGCCGAGGAAAGACUGGUACAUAAGCCAGACGGUUGAGGCGUGGAACUGGUUCAAGCAGAGCGGCUUGAUCAACGACAAGGGCCUCAUCAACGACGGGCUGAAGAGGACGGACCAGGGCUGCGUCAACAACAAAAUGCCGACGUGGUCGUACAACCAGGGCGUCAUCUUGGGCGGCCUGGUGGAGUUGUCCAAGGCGACGGGCGACCAGUCUUAUCUGGCCGAAGCCGUCACCAUCGCGAAUGCAGCACUCAAGGCGCUUCAGGACGAAAACGGCAUCAUCCGCGAAAUCGACCGGUGCGAACCCCACUGUGGCGAUGACGGGAGUCAGUUCAAGGGCGUCUUUGUGCGCAAUCUGGCCUACCUCCACAACGUAGCGCCGCACGACAACUUCCGGGACGCCAUCCUCAAGAACGCCGACUCGAUCUGGGCCCACAACCGCAACUCCAAGAACCAGAUGGGCAUCAGCUGGGCAGGGCCACCCGAGGCAGGCAAGGGGCCGACGGCAGCAACACACAGCUCGGCCAUGGAUGUGCUGGUGGGCGCGUUGACGGCGAUCAAAAAGUAGUGAUCCUCUUAUUGUUUGUUUUUGUAUUUUCGUAUGGGCGCGGUUUCUACGAAGGCGUUUGGGGUUCGAUGGCUGUACGAUAUGAGCGUGGUGUAAUGUAAUACCAAGGGGAAUGGAAUACGGGCGGCUUCCUUGUGGUAAUCAGUAGUUCUAAUGGUGUUUGGUCUGUUUGGUACCUUGGAAUAUGGGUCGAACAUGAGGGUAGAUUGGACCAUCCCAUGGUGUACUUGAAUAAAGACCAAACAGUAUCGACACUAUCGCGGCCGAUUCAUGCUGUGACCAAUGUGACCUGCGUCUGAAUGCUCGGCUGUGGUGAGAAGGUCGUGAGCUGUUUGUUGUUGUUGUUCAUCAGUUGUGAUCCGCUGCGAUUGACGAACACAGCAAGAACAACUGCCAAGUGCCGUGAAGCGUACUGCUGCCUAAGGUACCUGGUAGCGAGAAAACCUUGGUCGGCCUCCAAUCGUUCAUCUGAGCAGUUGAGG